UGCUUAAUCACAGUCCAAGACUCUGAUUCUUCAAGGUCAAGCUUCACCGUUUCACCAACAUGGCAUGCAUCAAAACGACUUCGAAGGGAAUGAAAGUCACAAUCCCUGAUCCAACAGAAACUCCCAAUGCGCACCAGCAGCCACCAAUCGUAUUUCUUCUCGGUGCCGGAAUCCAGUUCAUGCUCCUCCUUGUCUUGAUCUUCAAAGCAGUGCGACGCGAGAAGAAAACUGUGUCAGAUCUUCUGCACAUCCUCUUCUUUUUCUUUGGAUCUGCGGGAUAUGGUCUUUAUGGUGUUGCCACCCUGAUUAUGGCCGUGGAACCUGUGGGGAGCUCCAAGCUCACAACGAUCAUCUCCAGGCUUUUCAUGGUGGCUUCGUGGGCCUCGUUGCUCUUGAACUGCUGUUGCCUUAUGGAAAGCAUCGCCAUGCCAGUCAUGGGUCGUUUCAAGAUGUCACAGAAUUCUCUGAGAAUGAUCUUCCAUGUCUUCAGCCUCCUACUGAUUCUCGCAGCCUUUGUGGGAGCUGCAAUAUCCCGUGAUCAUUUGCUGUCAACCCUGGCAUUUCUCAGCGCCAUCUCUGGUACUUGUGCCGUCUCCUUUCUCCGCGCGGCCUAUGUGGACCAUGUCAACAAGAGCCUCGCGGGCACAAACAUGAUGAAGUUUUUGGGGACAAUCUUUGGAAGCGUGGCCCUCUUGGUUGCUGCAAUCUUGGAACCUAUUUGUGGAUAUGCCGCUCAGAAGAACUGCUAUGAAGGAUGCGAAGUCCCUGGCUUUCACAGUCUUUUGCUGGUGAUUUUGCUUCUUGGCACUUGGUUAUUCGUUGGCCUCGCGCAGAGUUGUUCCCCUGAUGAUGGCGCCAUUCCGAGCUGUCGGAGCUCCCAAACACCGCCCGAGGUGGUGCAAGUGGCUCCUUCACAGGUAGGUACCUGAAGGUACCUGAGAGCCCUGUCGGUACUCCCAAACACCUCACUGCUUGGUGGUUUC